AUGCACGGGGCUGGCACCGGCUGUGGCCUCCAGGGGCCUCCACAGGUCUCCGAGCACCUGCACGUUCACCCUGCCAUGUGUCGAGCCUGCACCACCGGCGGCGGCGAGGCCAUCACCAGCCUCGUGGCCAGCUCGGCCUCCGCCGUCACCACCAAGGCCCCCGGCAUCUCCAAGGCGGACAGUCAGUCCCAGGGACUCACGGCCAGCAGCCGGUGGGGGCAGACGCCCAUCAACCAGUCCACGCCCUGGGACACGGAUGAGCCACCCUCCAAACAGAUGAGGGAGAGUGACAAUCCAGGCACAGGGCCAUGGGUGACCACGGUGGCCGCCGGGAGCCAGCCCGCCCUGAUCGCGCACUCCUACGGAGUGGCCCAGCCGCCCUCCUUCAGCCCGGCUGUGAACGUCCAGGCCCCGGUCAUUGGGGUGACCCCCUCACUGCCUCCCCACGUGGGGCCCCAGCUCCCGCUGAUGCAAGGCCACUACUCGCUCCCACAGCCGCCCUCUCAGCCACUGAGCAGCGUGGUGGUCAACAUGCCCGCCCAGGCCCUGUAUGCCAGCCCGCAACCCCUGGCCGUGUCCGCACUGCCCGGUGUGGGGCAGGUGACCCGCCCGGGACCCACCGCGGUGGGCAACGGCCACAUGGCAGGGCCCCUGAUGCCUCCGCCGCCACCGGCCCAGCCGUCGACCAUUCUCCCCAGCGGUGCCCCUGCCACCAAUGGGCCCCCCACGACCGACUCGGCCCACGGGCUGCAGAUGCUAAGGACCAUUGGCGUGGGGAAGUAUGAGUUCACGGACCCCGGGCACCCCAAAGAAAUGUUGAAGGAAUUGAACCAGCAGCGCAGAGCGAAAGCGUUUACAGACCUGAAAAUUGUUGUUGAAGGCAGAGAGUUUGAAGUCCACCAAAAUGUUCUAGCUUCCUGCAGCUUGUAUUUCAAGGACCUGAUUCAAAGGUCCGUGCAGGACAGCGGCCAGGGGGGCCGGGAGCAGCUGGAGCUCGUGCUGUCCAACCUGCAGGCCGACGUCCUCGAGCUGCUGCUGGAGUUUGUCUACACCGGCUCGCUGGUCAUCGACUCGGCCAAUGCCAAGACCCUACUGGAAGCGGCCAGCAAGUUCCAGUUCCACACCUUCUGCAAAGUCUGUGUGUCCUUUUUGGAGAAGCAGCUGACGGCCAGCAACUGCCUGGGGGUGCUGGCCAUGGCCGAGGCCAUGCAGUGCAGCGAGCUCUACCAUAUGGCCAAGGCCUUCGCACUGCAGAUCUUCCCCGAGGUGGCAGCCCAGGAGGAGAUUCUCAGCAUCUCCAAGGAUGACUUCAUCGCCUACAUCUCGAACGACAGCCUCAACACCAAGGCCGAGGAGCUGGUGUAUGAGACCGUUAUCAAGUGGAUCAAGAAGGACCCCGCGAACCGCGCGCAGCACGUGGCUGAGCUCCUGGCCGUGGUCCGCCUGCCCUUCAUCCACCCCAGCUACCUGCUCAACGUGGUGGACAACGAGGAGCUCAUCAAGUCCUCGGAAGCAUGUCGCGACCUGGUCAACGAGGCCAAGCGCUACCACAUGCUGCCCCACGCCCGCCAGGAGAUGCAGACCCCCCGAACGCGGCCCCGCCUCUCAGCAGGUGUGGCCGAGGUCAUCGUGCUGGUCGGGGGCCGUCAGAUGGUGGGGAUGACCCAGCGCUCGCUGGUGGCCGUCACCUGCUGGAACCCGCAGAACAACAAGUGGUACCCCCUAGCCUCGCUGCCUUUCUAUGACCGCGAGUUCUUCAGCGUAGUGAGUGCCGGGGACAACAUCUACCUCUCAGGUGGGAUGGAAUCAGGGGUGACGCUGGCGGAUGUCUGGUGCUACAUGUCCCUGCUGGACAACUGGAAUCUGGUCUCCAGAAUGACGGUCCCCCGCUGCCGGCACAACAGCCUCGUCUAUGACGGGAAGAUCUACACGCUCGGGGGACUCGGCGUGGCGGGCAACGUGGACCACGUGGAGAGGUACGACACCAUCACCAACCAGUGGGAAGCGGUGGCCCCGCUCCCCAAGGCCGUGCACUCCGCGGCGGCCACAGUGUGCGGCGGCAAGAUCUACGUGUUCGGCGGCGUGAACGAGGCGGGCCGGGCGGCCGGCGUCCUGCAGUCUUACGUCCCGCAGACCAACACGUGGAGCUUCAUCGAGUCCCCGAUGAUCGAUAACAAGUACGCGCCCGCCGUCACCCUCAACGGCUUCGUGUUCAUCCUGGGUGGGGCCUAUGCCCGAGCCACCACUAUCUACGACCCCGAGAAAGGAAACAUCAAGGCGGGCCCCAACAUGAAUCACUCUCGCCAGUUCUGCAGUGCCGUGGUGCUCGAUGGCAAGAUUUACGCGACGGGCGGCAUCGUGAGCAGCGAGGGGCCUGCCCUGGGCAACAUGGAAGCCUACGAGCCCACCACCAACACGUGGGCCCUGAUGCCCCACAUGCCGUGCCCCGUGUUCAGACACGGCUGCGUGGUGAUAAAGAAGUACAUUCAGAGUGGCUGACGGCCCGCGAGCCCGCGCAGGCUGGACCCGUCUGGUGAGCGCAUGCCACGCGCCACGAUGCGCUUUCAGCAGCACCAGUAGAGGCCGACCGACGCGACCCAGGAACUCACUGCGCUCGACAUUUCCAAUACUCUACAUUGAAUGUAGAAAAUCAUCCUCGCCUUUAGGGGCACCAGGGGCUUGGCGCGCCGAGCCCCUCCAAGCCAGGGGCGCCCCGGAGGGGGGCGCGGGGCUCCCGCGAGGCGCUUGCUCUGAAUGGAGGCGCUCGCUCUGCCCGGUCCAAUAGAGUUUCACAUAUUUUUCAACUGGGAGAGAGAAGCUGUUUUUGCCUUCCUGCAGAGCAAGCUUGGUCUCUAAGCCACCGUAGAUCAGUUAUCCUAUGACAGCACGAGGCGUCAGGCUCUCUUGGAAUAAGAUCAAAGUGUCCUUACCACUUUGAUUCCUACUUUUGUUUGUAAUCAAUCUACACUUAACAAGUGGGCGAGAGAAAACAAGGACAAUGCUGUGGGCAGGGGCCCAGGGAGCGCUGGGCGUGCCCCUCCGGCCAGGAGUCCAGCCCGGGGAGUGUGGCCGGCGCAGGGUUGGGGACGGCCAGGAGCCUGCUGUCCCCACAGGGUUUACCGCGUGUUUCUGCUGGAGAAGAACAAGGUGAUUGUGCUCGCUUUCUCUUAUCCAAUAUGAAUUAUUUAGAUUUCCAAGGCAUUUUCUUGAUAAACAAAGCUAUUUUUAAAUACUGAGAGGAGAAGGCCACAGGAGGAGAUGCGGGGACCCCCAAAGCUCUUUGUAGGUAGUGGCAGAGCUGGGCAUUUGCUCUAAUUUUUCUAUGUGCAGAACAGAGGACCUCUCCUGGGGUGGGGGCCAAUGCCCCCCCGUUUUAUUUUUUAGAAAAGUGACUCCCAGGCUGUCCCCCAUAAAAGCAGUGCCCCUGAAGGUACUGUUGAGGAAGGAAGAUUGUGUGAGGAAGGAAGCCAGCCCCGCUCCCUCCUGGAGGUACAGCUGAGGGCCCAGGCCGGGUGGGGAGGGGAGGCGGGAAAGAGGGAGAAUAAAUGUCUACAAAGCACAGGAGACUAUUUUUGAUAUUUAUAGCUAUAUAUUCAGGCACCUGCCACCAGAGCUCUCAGGAUGGGGACAGCCUCUCAGACGAGCCACGGCCGCCACGGCCCAAGGGCACGAGCAGGACUAGCAUCCUGCCAGCCAGGAAGCCGCCGAGGCGGGAAGCCAGGAAGGAGGGGCCGUGGCUCCAAAGAGCAGCGCCCGCUGGCCCUCAGCCCCUCACCCUCGCCCGGUGAUCAGUUUCCACCCCAGGCCAGUAGAACGCCGCCACUGCGCUGUUGAGUCGAAGUUGGUACCAAAUACACAUUUGCCAUUUUUCUAUUUCGGAAGUCAACUUGCUGUCACUCCACGGGAAGAACCAUUUCUAAGGAGAGAGGAACAGAACGCACUCUCCAUUUCCGGUAUCUGUGGACACCAAGUUCCGGUCGGUGGUCUCCUGGGCGGCGUCGAUUUCCAGCACUCCAGCUGUGGCUCCCUCUUGGACAAGACACCGAGCUUCGUUAUGCAGUUUUUAAUAUUAUUUAUUCUUUUAAAAAGUAAUAAGCACAAAACUACAUACAUUGUAUGUCAUUUAAAGUAUUUAUGUCAAACAGGGUGCAAGUGUGAACCCCAGGACUGGAGCACAAAUUUCUAACUGCCCGGGGCAGGGCUAAUGUUAGCGUCGGUGUGUAACGUCUGCCUCCAAAGGAGGUGUUAGUGGUCAGCAAGACUCAACACAGAUGACCUUGCAAUUCCGUUCCUCUCAUCUAUCACACUGGAGCAAAACUGGCUAUUUCUGUGAAUGAUAGAAAACAGGGUUCUCUGUAAUGGUAUUGUACAUAGUAUAUGUUUAUUGUUAAGUUCUUGUUAUAUUAUAAUAAAUAUAUUUAUAGAUCUAGA